GGGGAGGGAGCCCAGAUGGGGGUAAGAGGGGAAGGGAAGGGAGCAGGCCCGGGGGCCGGUAGUUUAGAUCAGGCGCGGGCAGGGGCAGCCCCAGCGGAAACAGGGAGGGGUCCUGGCUGGGUGGGCAUCGGAAACAGGAAGGCGAAGCAGGCGAGGGAGGAGAAGGGAGAGGGAGAGAGAGAAAAGAUGUCUGAAGUCACAGCCGAGAAGCAGCCCCUGGCUGAACCGCUCCCGCAGGAGAUCCCAGCGCGGCCUGCGCUCCCUGCCAAGCAGGAGGCUACCCCGGCCCGGACACGGUGCCCCAGCUCCGACCUGGAGCCGAUCUGCAUUGAGGAUGAACCCGCCCGGCCCAGCCCCGAGGGGAAGGUCAAGGCCUCUUCCAGCAACAGCCCUGUCUAUCGCCUGGGUUCCAACCAGUGCUUCCACUGCCUGAUCACCUUCCCGGACGAGAAGUUCAAGGAGCGGCACAUGAAGCGGGAGCACCCCGAGGACUUUGUGCAGGAGAAUCUGCGCGACGCCCUCUUCGUCUGCUUCAUCUGCAGUAAGCCCUUCGAGAGUUCCCGCGCCCUCAUCUGCCACCAGCGUGGGCACGCCCCCGCCCCGCCCCCCGACUGCCCCGACUGCCUGCGCCCCGCCUUCGAGUGCUCUGACUGCGGCCGCCGCUUCGGCCAGCUGGCCAACUACCAGCGCCACCGGCUGGGCCACGCCGCCGGCCGCAGCCUGCCCCACCAGUGCCCCGACUGCGGCAAGAGCUUCCGCCAGCUCUCCAACCUGCGCCGCCACCAGGCCUCCCACCAGCGCCCCCUGGAGCUGCUGCCCUCCCGCCCCUACUCCUGCACGGAGUGCGGCGAGAGCUUCACCCAGGAGGCCGGCCUGCACGAACACUACAUCCGGCAUGCCCGUGGCGAGCUCUAGCACCCCACGCCGCAGCCUGAGGGCUCUGGCGCCGCCCCAGGAGCUCUAGCGCCCCCUCCAGCCCCAGUGGGGAGAGCUGGGACUGCAGCAGAAUGCCCCCUCUUCUGCCACCAAGCCCACUCCAAUCAGCUCUGGGAGCUGGGACAGCAGGCGCCACCUGGCAGGAAGUCGAGCUAGAAUGGGACUGGAAGGACAUUGAUGGAACUGAGCGGAUUGGAUGGAGCAGGACAUGGGGCCUUUCCCCUCUAGAGGGUGCCAGCUCCCAUCCGGCCCCAAGGUGGGGGAUUGGCUAGCUCAGGGGGGCAGGGAAUGGGCACCGGGCCUGUCCCCUCUAGGGAGCAUGGGCUCCUGUCCGGUCCCAGGGCAGGAGGGCUGGCUGUCUCAGGGGGCUGCCAUCUGAAACACGCCCCCCCAUUCCCCUGUGUUCGUGUCCGUCUGCGACACGCACCCCACAGCAUCUCUCUCCACACCCUGCUCUUCCUCCCAUAAACGCCUUGCGCCUCCCCUGCAGCCAAGCACCGAGCCCUCCACGGCACCAACCAUCACUCUCUAGCCUGGUGGAGGCUGGAGUCCUGGCGGGAGAGGACCUUUCUGCGUUGGGGGCAGGGGGGAGCUUUCCGGAGCCCAUGUCUGGUCCCCGGGCUGUUACCCUG